CAGAGGAGGAGAAUACCUGGGCUGUCGGCACAGCAGCAAAUACCGACAGCCCCACGAAAACAAAUACUCGGGGAGUGUUUGCAGUCUGCAGGCGCAGCAGACCAACUUUAGACAACACAGAUUCUUUGCUACAACUACAUUACAAGUACCAAGAUUUUACUGAGACUCGUCAAGUCUCCACAGUAAUUGACAGAAUGAGCUGCAGCAGUGUUACAGGUUCAGAAUUCUCUGAGGAGGAGCUGGAGCUUGGUGUGCUGGGACAAGGUGAGGACAUCAGAAGUCCUAAAACAUCUUUCCAAGACAGUGAGAGCUCAACCAGCAGCCCAAGUGACCCAGAGGAGGGCCAAACCAAGAAGCGCAACCGACCAGUCCGCUCAAAAGCUCGACGAAUGGCUGCCAAUGUCCGUGAGCGAAAACGCAUCAUGGACUACAACCAGGCUUUCAAUGCCCUGCGUGUUGCACUGAACCACGACCUCAGUGGCAAACGGCUCUCCAAGAUUGCCACGCUGCAGAGGGCCAUAAACCGCAUCUCUGCUCUCUCAGUAUUCCUGAGCUCCAACCCUCCUAGCAAGCCCUGCACCCACCGAGAGUGCAACAGGGCAUCUGCUGGGUCAGCUGCGAUGGGAGCAUCUCGACUUGAGCAGACCAGGGUAACAGCUCCUCGUCUGGAGCAUCAGAGUUACAUCCCCUGGCACACGUCCAUCUCUCACCAGAUGCAGCCACAACAAGGGCCUCAUGUGCACAGGCUUCCCACGGAGCCGCACGUCUACAUGGAUAACACUGUGUCAUCAUGUCCCCCAUCACCACACUAUCCUUGUUAUCCCACUGAGGGACAACUUUAUGCCUCACAUGGACACUGCAGCAGCCCCCACAACCAUCCACCCAGUCCUCUACGAUACCCUCAGGCGGGUGAGGGAUUGGGGUACCAGCCAGCGAUGUGGGCCUCCUGUACGCAGGGAUACAUGGACACUUUUGUGGAGCCUCCUCCAGCUCUGGGGCUUCCAUGGCAGGUGAGCUACAAGCAGGAGCCGGAGCGCAGCUUCUCUGUGUGCUCUGACAUACUGUAACAGGUACAUCCACCACUGUGAGCCCUGAAGACUGCUGAUAAUACCAGCGGACUGUGAAAUAAUCUCAGGGAGAAAACUGACAUGAGGUUUUUGUUUGCUUCUGCUGUUGCAAUCAACUCAGUAUUACAACAACACUCUCUUAUUGUAGAGCAGAGUCAUCUAAAUGUAACAGAUAUAAAUAAAAGUGCAAUGGCAAUCAAGACUGCAGAAUGUUGUAAAUAUUGGGAAAUGUAUUUUGAUCGUGCAUUUCAAAAUGUUAAAUUUAAAGAAUGUUCUACUGUCUGCUGUAGAUAAUUAACCCAUACAACUGUGUUUGUCUAGUUGUUUCAUUGUCAUCUGUCAUCUGUUUAAAAAACAAUAAGUAGACUAAAACACAGAUGGGACAGCCUGCAUUUGCUAUACUGUUAUGUAACUUGUUCUCACACUUUGUUUUCUUUCAAGUCAUGGAAAGUGUGUCUUAAGGAAAUGUGAUUAAGAUUUGAACCUGAAGUUCAACAUUGUUAAUGUAUUUAUUCUCUGUACUGCAUAAAAAUGAAUGGCUGUUUGUAAAAUUGUAAAAAGUUUGUACAUCAUUUUCUAAAACCUAAAAAUUAAAUGUUAAAAUGAUGCCAGUCAUGGCA